CACCACCGCUCAUCUCAGCCUCCGGUUGGCGUCCUGACAAAUCGACCGCAGCAGUCAAGAAGUCCCAAGCUUACACUAAACUCUUGCUAAUCCACUAGUUUUGUCCCCGGUCUGUGAAUUCAAGACACGGUCGAGAUGAAGAUCUGCUUUGCGACCGCACUUUCAAUCGUCAUUCUUCUGGGCAACUGUAUCAAACUCCGUGCUGCCAUUACCGGGCCGGCUCCCGCGGAGAGCGAUAGUCCUGGGUCUCAGGUGUGUUCAAUGUGCUGCCAGGGACCUGCCGGAACCCCUGGUAUUCCGGGAUUGCCGGGAAAUCAAGGAAAUGCGGGAAGCCCAGGACUUUAUGGCCCCACGGGGUCAAAGGGCGACGCAGGUGAGCCGGGUGCAAAAGGUGAGGUUGGUCUAGCUGGUGCCAUGGGCGAGCGGGGAGCACCUGGGAACCCGGGGCCUAAAGGAGAUGACGGAAUUAGCCUGCCUGGUAAGAUAGGUCCAAGAGGUCCACCUGGUUUAGGUGGGCCAAAGGGGGCAAGCGGUGUCAAAGGUCAAAAGGGUGAACUGGGUGAAGCCGGCGAGGCUCUAGAGACUCCACGGGUAGCAUUCACUGUGACGAGGACGACCUCCUCGGCUGCUUCUUCGAGUUACAACACCCGUUUGCAGUUCCAGGAGACUGAGACGCUUCUGCCGGGUACCAGCUUCGAUCUAGAGAGCGGUGCGUUCUCGUGUAACGUGUCAGGCACCUAUGUGUUCAUGUUUUCUGUAAGAAAACAGAACCCCAGCAGUGACCUUCACGUUAAGCUUUGGAAAAACGGAGUCGUGAUUGUCACCGGCGUCAGCACUGAUUCAAGUCACUAUGAACAGGUGUCUGGGAGCGCGGUGCUGGUUCUACAGCAGGGAGACUCAGUAUAUGUAACCAUGAAAGGUACUGCGUACAGUGAUUCCGAUCAUGAAACGUCAUUCUCUGGCUUCCUCCUUUACGCCAAAUAA